UCAGAUAUACCAACAGUUUUGACAAGCGAUUAUCACCCCCUGCCUCCGAACCAGAUAGGUUUUUUUUACCAGUUCUACAGCAACUAAAUUGUGCAAAUCGAAAUCAGACUUCAUCCAAUGCCGACUCGGAGGCAUAUCACAAUUCCUCCUUGGGCCCAACUUCAUCAGGAUGUCCUUGACGUCAUUUCCCAAAAACUUGAUUUUGACGACCUCUUUCAAUUUUCUCGUGUUUGCAAAGAUUGGAGAGUUUUUUAUAAAACAAUAGAUAAAUCAAAAUUCUUGACAUCCCAAGAACCACUACUUGUUGAGUUUUUUCAACAUCCUGUUAAGAUACCGUAUUCCUUUACCAGCCUACCCACUCAAAAAGUUUAUCCUUUGAAGAAGAUGAUGACCAACAUGUUGAGUUAUUCCAAUAACAACUUCCCUAUCUAUGUUACCUAUUCUAGUGGGUAUUUCAUUCUUAUUGAUGAUAAUUCUUCAUUCCUGCUCAUCAACCCAUUCACACGAAUACAGAAGAAGGUAAUCUGUACAUCCGCCUUUUUUGAAUUUAGUCCCUCAUAUGAACAUACAUACCGUGCAUUACUUGCUUUUGACAAAUCCUCUGAGGAGGAUUUUGUUUUAUUAUUUUUAUUCAUUGAUUGUAACUCUUUGCAUGUCUAUCAAUCUCGAAAUAAUGGUUGGGUUACAUAUUGCGACGAGGAGGAUGACGAUGCCGUUGUUGACUUUGUGGCUUUGAACAAUAUAAUAUAUGUUGUUACUGAGGAAGCCAAGAUAGGGGUACUCUGUUUGGAUAAACCAAAAAUUGAAUAUCUACCAAUGGUGAAUUCUCCUGACAUAGAUGCUAACUUAUCAUUCUUUAACUUGGUUAAAUGUGGUCAACAACUUUUACUGGUUCGAUUAAAUCCAAGUCUCAGCCCUGCUAUUACACGCGGUGCCCCUCCGCCAGAGAGAAAAGCUUACAAGAUAGACUUCUCAACCAUGACUUAUGUUGAACUUGAAACCUUGGGGGACAUUGCAUUAUUUUAUGUUUCCUGUAGAACCUGUAAGGCAUUGAUCAACCCAAACAAAUGGGGUUAUGAGAGCAACUCUGUGUAUGAAGUCUACAAUUCUAUCCGUAUCAAUAAUCCCUUUGUUACUGUUUAUAAUUGGGAUAAAAAAUCAGAGAAAUACAUUGAGCCUCCUAAUCCUAGAACAAAGGGCAGUUUCUAUGAUUGGUGUUUUAGACAUCCUGACAUAUGAAGUAGAUUGUGUAGAUUGUUCUCUCUUUGAGUAAACUUUGUUCACCAUGUUACUCUCUAUUUAUUUAUCAAUCAAGUGUAUUUUGGAUCA